AUGCCACCCAAUUCUGCUGACAACCAACCGGGGGUGGUUUUCAACGUCCCGGCAAAUUUGGAGCCCCAAUACUCCAUUGCCGAGUUAUGGGAUGAUCACUUGAUGCCCUUGGUCCUGAAUAAGUUCUCCUGCGAUGACGUUAAUGGCAACCCUAAAACCAUCUUCAAAGCCGUCCCACGUGUGAUCUCCAUGACUGACAAAGGCUCUGCCCUGUACCAAAUCUUGGAUGCAAUCGGAAGAGUGAAUAUCGCCAACAUGACAAACGGUCCCAACGCAAACUCACAACAAGCCUAUGCCUACGGAAACGGAAUCCUCGACGAUGCAGACACGAUGAGAUCUGACUUCUUUCAAGCUCCGACUUCAGCUUAG